GCGUUGGCGGGUUUGCGCGUCCGCGCAGCUCGGGGGGCAGCGUGGAGGGGUGGGCUUGUGCCCAGGGGAAGGGAACAGGAAGGACUCCCCCCGCCCGGGGCCGGAGCCAGGCCCGGACGCAGCCCUAGGAGGGCGGGCGGGGGCGGGCCCAGGCCCAGGGGCGCGUGAGGGCCUCCUCCUGGACUGCAGUCGCUGGGCGUGCGCGUGCGGGGGGCGCGGCGCGGCUGCCUGAGAGCCUGCCGUGGCGGGGCUGAGCUUAGGGGACCGAGGGCCCGGGCGAUUCCGCGUGUGUCGCUCGGGCAUCGGUCAGGUGUGUCAUCUGAAAAUAAGGGUAUUAGUGAAAGCUGCUUCGUGGCGUUACGCAGAGAGAAGUCGUCGUCUGUAAAGCGUUUAGCCAAGUGCUAGUUAAUAAGCGCUGGUAUAACCAUCUCAUUAAAACAUAAGAAAAUGGGCUCAGAGGAGUGCAGCUCCAGACCCAAGGUCGCAAAGGCCUAAGUCUCAAUAUCUCAGGAACAAAGUCGCUCUUGUUUGGAAGGAAGGACGGAGCCCUGGGGACAGGAGUCCCACAUGGAAGAAAAGCCCAUCUGACAGGGACCACCCUCACCAGAGCUUCAGAACAGAUGCAGAAGAACUCAGAAAGGAGCGGGUCCUGUUUGCUCUACCAGUCACUGUUGUUAAUCACCUUGCUCAGAGAGAGCCAGACUUGGUGAUGUCCCCACAUCCAGAAGCCGUCAUAGACUAUGUGACAGUGGACACUGGACCAGCUUCCAGCAGGUGCUUAUCCCGCACACUUCUCUGCAUCUCCCCAGAGCAGCAGAAAAUGAACAUAUCUCAGGCAUCAGUGUCAUUCAAGGAUGUGACUGUCGAGUUCACCCAAGAGGAGUGGCAACAAAUGGGUCCAAUUCAGAGAACCCUGUACAGAGAUGUGAUGCUGGAGAACUACAAAAACCUAGUCUUAGUGGGGAACUGCACUUACAAACCCGAGGUGAUCUUUAAGUUGGAGCAAGGAGAAGAGCCUUGGUUCUUAGAGGAAGAAUUCUCAAACCAGAGCCUCCAAGUUUUAGGAGAUUGCAAAGGUGAUAACCUGUUCAAGAGGAAUAAGAGAAUCAAAGAGAAACCCUUACAGCAAGUAAUAUUCAUCAAUAAUAAACCAUUGACUAAAGAGGAAGAGAAAUUUGGGGGAAGACCAUUUAAUCUGCACAUAGCUUCUGUUUCUUCAACAAAAAUGUCCUGUCACUGUGACUCAUGGAGAGUGAAUUCGCAAAAUAGUUCUCAGUUUAUCCUUAAUAAUAGAACCUAUUCAACCAAAAAAAGAGAUUCCUGUAGUGUAUGUGAAAAUUUGCCUUUCAAAAUUAAGUUUGAGAGAACUCAUGCUGGAGAAAAAUGUUUUGAAUAUAAUAAGAAUGGGAAAGCCCUCAGUUAUAAGGAAAGUCUUACUGAGCAUCAAAAGUGUCAAACUUUGGAGCAAGCUUUUGAAUAUGAUGAAAUUAGAAAAGCUUUCUAUAAUGAGGCUGUCUCUGUUACACAUAAAAGUACUCACACAGGAGAAAAAUCCUGCAAAGAUGAUGAAUUUAGGGAAAACUGUGAUAAGACAACUCUCUUUGACCACAAAAGAACUAAGACAGGGAAGAAACACUGUCGUUUUAACCAAUGUGGGAAAUCCUUUUGUGAGAAGUCAGUUGUCAAGGAGUACAAUAAAUUUAAUGUAGCUGUGAAACACUAUGAAUGUAAUACAAGUGGGAAUACUUUCAUCAGGAAGUCACACCUCACUCAACCUCAGAGAACUGUCACAGAAAAGAAUCCAUUGGUAUGUAAUGGCAAAACACAAACUGGGGAUAAAUCCUUUGAAUAUUGUGAAAAUAAAUCCUACCAGACAUCAACCCACAGAGUAUGCCAGAGAACUCACUCUGAAGUAAAGCCCUAUAAGUGUAAUGAAUGUGGGAAAUCCUUCUGUCAAAAAGGACAUCUCAUUCAACAUCAGAGAACUCACACGGGAGAGAAACCAUUUGAAUGUAAUGAAUGUGGAAAAACUUUCUCCCAGAAGUCACACCUCAGUACACAUCAGAGAAUUCACACAGCAGAGAAACCCUAUAAAUGUAAUGAAUGUGGGAAAACAUUUGUGCAGAAGUCAACCCUCAGGGGACACCAGAGAAUUCAUACAGGAGAAAAACCCUAUAAAUGUAGUGAAUGUGGAAAAACUUUUGUUCAAAAGUCAACCCUCAGAGAUCAUCAUAGAAUUCACACAGGGGAGAAAUCCUUUCAAUGUAACGAAUGUGGGAAAACUUUUGGCCAAAAGUCAAACCUCAGAAUACAUCAGAGAACUCACAGUGGUGAGAAAACUUAUCAAUGUAGUGAAUGUGAAAAAUCCUUCUGGCGAAAAGACCAUCUUAUUCAACAUCAGAAAACGCACACAGGUGAAAAACCAUUUAAAUGUAAUGACUGUGGGAAAACUUUCGCCAGGACAUCAACCCUCAGAGUGCAUCAGAGAAUUCAUACUGGGGAGAAACCAUUUAAAUGUAAUGAAUGUGGGAAAAAAUUUGUCCGGAAGGCAAUCCUUAGUGAUCACCAGAGAAUUCAUACAGGGGAGAAGCCCUUUCAAUGUAAUAAGUGUGGAAAAACUUUUGGCCAGAAAUCAAACCUCAGAAUACAUGAGAGAACGCACAGUGGGGAGAAAUCUUAUGAACGUAAUGAAUAUGGAAAAUUGUAUAAGAAAUCAACCCUAAAUGUAUGUCAGAGAAUUCAGGGAGGGGGAAAACCCUAUUGAUAUAAUAAGUAUGGAAACUCCUGGCUAAAAAACCAACCCAUUUGACAUCAGAAAAUCACACAGGAGAGAAACUGUGUAAAAAAUGAAUGUGGGAAGAAUUUGUCCAAGAGGCAACCCUGAGAGUAUAUUAAAGAAUUCCCUCAAGCUUCUAUUUCUUUCAAGGUACUAGAGGAAGCCCUUUUGAAUGAUGUCAUGUCCUAUUAGAUGACUCACACAUCACAUGAGCUGGUAAUCUGUUCACUAGUAAGAAUUUAGGUUUUUUUUUUGUUGAGGCACAUAGCUGAUCUAAACUUCCCAGUCUCCCUGUCAUCUAACUGGGGCUUUGUAACUGGCUAGUGGGAUGUGGAUGCCACACCCAGUUCUCACAAAGAAAGACCUCCCUGACAAACUACCAGGCCACUGUCAGAACAUGGAGACGACUUCCAGGACAACCUUGGGCGCCAUGCUUUAACAGCACAGCACAGGAUCAAAGCUAGGGUGCCUGUGCCUGGGGCUGCCCUAUGGCAGGGUGGUUAAAGUAACACACGCUCUGCUUAGGCCCAGUUCACAGGUUCAGAUCUGGGCACAGACCUACUCUACUCAGUGGCCGUGCUGUGGAGGCAUCCCACAUACAAAAUAGAGGAAGAUUGGCACAGAUGUUAGCUCAGCAUGAAUUUCCUCACCAAAAGACACCCAGGGUGCCUGGAAUGUGUGGAACAAGAUUCUCUCUUCUACAUUUUUAUCGCUUGAAUAUAUUGUGAACAAGAGUUAGGCUUGUAUUCUGUUGAGCUGCAUGUUUGGCUCUGUUUGUUUCUGCACACAAUUUAGCCAUGUCUCUGCUAGGAAGGCAGAAAAUUACUGUAAAAGCUAAACUUACGUCAGCCAGAGAGUGCAAACCUUAUUAGAGAUUUGGUGUGUCAAGGAGUCCCUCAAAGAUCAUCAGAGAAUUUGUACAAAAGACAUUCUUUCAGUGCACUGAAAUAGACAGGACCGCCUGAUACAGGGCUUUGGAUGAACCUAAAAAGUUGGAAGAUUUUUGGUUGAAGGGUGAGUAGCCAUCAUGCGACUAAAAUAAAGGGGACUUUCUUAAUGUCAUGAAGCCACUCUCCACUUCUCCAUAUACUCCAAUCUCAGCUGGUUUAAGGGAAAGAGGUUUUCCUGUCUAGAAAAGGGACCAAAGGCCAUUGGCACCCACUGAAGUAUUCUGGGGAACAUUGAGGGAAGGGGGGAACUCAAACUUGUAUGGUUCUCUGGGAGACAGCUGCCCAAGGCAACAUCUUAUCAGUUCCCAUAGAGGUAGGGGCAUCUAGAUUUAUGUAAUGUCAUUAGGGCAGAGUUUACAGUAGGGAAGGGAAACGAAUGGAAUCUUAGGAAUAAAUUGGGUCCUUUGGGCCAGUGUAAUGUACUGUGGUUACUUCUACAUCUGAAAGUGUAGUAGGAAUUAAUAUGUUGUAUGCUGUACUUCCCCUUCCCAGAAGUCACAGAGGGCAUUCUCCCAGUCAGGAAGAGUUGCAUGUAAAGAACUACUUUUGAGGUCUCACAGCCUUAAUGACCAUUUUGGGCUUCAGGUCUCUGACUGGUGAUUUUGUUGAUUGGAACUUCUGGCAAAAGGAGGCACGCUUGGGGGCGGGGAAGGGUGGUUUGACUUGAUGCCCUAACAACUCCCACAUAUACCCCUAUUGUAACGCAGUCAUUGGCCUACUUUUGAGCUCUUCUACAUUACACCUGACUCGCAGAGGCCUCUGACUUAAUGUUCCAAUUUGGGAGUGUGCCAUCUUGGACUUACCAACUGACAAGAUGCGAAGAACUCAAGCUUCAUGUGUGAAAUCAAGAAUGUAGCUGUCCUGGUCCCAGCAGCAUCUCAGCUGUGCAUGAAACAGCAACUAUCCCUCAGGACGUUUACUCCUUGCUUUGCUGCCUGGAGCAUAGCUGCUGGCUCAGUAAGGCCCUCUAUUCAUAGAAGUUCCUCUAAUUGGGCCUGGUUCUCUGAUGGUUUGGCUAGUUGAAACCACUCAGACGCUAUGAUUAUUCAACCUUAGUAUUAUGCAGACCCCAAAAUUGAUGUGGCUGUUCCUCUCACUGAACAGAACACAAGGUUGUUCUCAACUCUGGCCACUGUUCCCUUUGAUGAAAUUUGGUGCAUUUUUAUUGACUCUUGGGCUCUUACUGUGCCUAGCUAUUUGACAUGCUGGUUCUAAAACUAUAGACAGACAAGAGCACCCCUCUUUGGUGCUGUGAACUGUGGGGGGAAAGUCACAGGUUUUGAGCAUAAUGUCUGAGUUGUUCAACUAGAUGCCCUAGAUGUUCUGUGAUAAGACUGGAAUCAAGCUGCUAAUCAAGCUUCACUACCCUGAUUGCUAGCAUUGCCACCUGGAUCCCUCAUCAUACUGAAUGGCAAAACAUUCACCAUUUUACACUGGAUACAAAGGAAAGGUUUCUGUGUAUCCAGUGCUCCCUUGGAUGUCAUUUGAUAGAAGAACCUACAUUUUUUUCUUCCAGGUUAAUAGUCAAUGCUCCAUAUGCCAUUUGAUUAAUUCACCCCUUUCCUACUGAUUUUAAAUAUUUUUAUGUACUAAAUUCUCACUUGUAAAGAUAUUGCAUAUGGCUACUCAUGACCCAUUCUCUACAUUGUUUUAUUAAUAACAUGUUUUGGAACAAGACUGGCACAUACCUCAUAGGCACCAAAAAUCCUAUCUUUCUGGCCUGAUAAUGUUUCACUGAAGUGUAUUCAAAUCAAGAUUAGUAAAGGACAAUGCCUCCUAGGACUCUGGAAAUGGAGCAUCACAGACCAGUUACGUUGUUAUUCUCGAGCUGCCAGCAGCCUUGCCAAGAAUAUGCAUCUAUAAUAAGAGCAGAUAAUGUCCAGUUAGUGCUAUUCUCUGAAAAUCAAGAGAUAACUUUACUGUUUUUAUAAUAGUUGGUAAUAUCAAGAAAGUCUUAAAAUUUUUUCUCGGUUUCUUAUGAUAUUUAGAAUCAUGUCUACUUUUAUAUAUAAUCUUUUAGGAUUAUGACUGGAUUUGCUAUUAAGUUCAGGAUCAUCUGCCCACUAGGAUGGAACCAGUUCAGCCAAGUGGCCUGAAUCAUGCAUUGGGAGGCCAGGUGACAAAAGUCCCCUGACUGGACACUCAGGCCUCACCUGCUGUGCCCUUGCUGGCAGGACACCUCUUCUAUAUCAUACAUUAUCAACUGGAGACUGUGAUCUGUGCUGUAGUCAUAGCUCCCUUCCCCCACCUGGCUCAUUGCUCCAGGUUAUGGACUUUUAUUUCAACAGAUGGAUGCCUCAUCUAGAGACACUGGAGGAGUCAAUUUUCUAUCUGCCUGCCUACUAAGGGUCUUCAAGCUAAUAAAAAAGCCUCCAUGAAGGCAAGAAUUUGUAUCUGUUUUGUUCAUACUGUAUCCCAAGCAUAGGAAACAGUCCCUCUAUCUAUUGGGCACUCAGAAAUACUUGUUGAAGGUAGAAUUAUCUAAAUGAAAUCUGAACAUUUUUCCUUUCAAUGCUGGAAAUUCUCUUUUUAGAGUCAUGAUUUAUUAUAAAUAGGUAAGGAAAAUUGUUGCUGUAAGCUCCCACUCAGACUCUUCUGUUUUGGAUGUUUUCUAAAAUUGCUAAAACUUGUUCUUAACGUUCAGAACUGUACAGUACUAUUCCUCAAAUCUGUGCCACCAAAACAGAAUUUACCUCCAAUAAACUAAUACUCCGAAUUCAAAA